CAGGUUUGGAAUCAGCUCGUGAGCAGGGAAUCAGAGCAUGGCAUCAUCUCCAAUGAACAUACCUUUGUGCUGGUUCACCGCCAGGGGCACAGUCUACAGAUUUCCCCCUCCUACCGAUAUCAGCCUGCUGAUGAAGAGGAAAGGGCCUUCACAAUGUCAGACUUGAGCUUUUUUAUAGCCCACUCGGUGAUGAGUCGGCUGGACCAGCAGGGUAAAUGGCAAGGGGCCCCAUCGCCUGGACCUCUGCCUGUCUCAUUGGCUAGGUGGAGAUCCUGUAAUGCUGCCCCAAAAUUGCCAAUCUCGUCAUCCCGUCCAAAUUCCCCACUUCAACUUAUCUUCACUACCUCUGGGUGUCCAUCUUUCCCCCUUCAACUAUCUGUGGUGGAUAAAUUCAAUUGGGACUGCUCCUUUUCAACCCCCCUGGUCCUAGAAAGCCUGAUCUCACACACCCAGCUACCGGUCUUCCGCGGACACCUGAAUGGAUCCAGUGUUGUAGUGAAAAUGGCCGAAGAUGAUCUUUGCAACGAGUUGAUGGAUGAAGCCCAGAUUUAUCAAGAGCUGCAACCUAUUCACGGAUCUGCGGUUCCUACUUGUCGUGGAGUGUUUUCUGGGGCUGGAGCCAUGUUCCUUUUGAUGGAUGAUGUAGGGGCUUCACCGACUUCUUUCAUGUCCCUCUCCUUUGAUCAAAGGUGUGGUGUUCUCAAAUCACUCAGGGCUAUUCACCGGCUGGGAGUGAUCCAUAAUGACCUAGCAGCUUCCAACAUUGCGAUCAGUGAUUCUACUGCGAUUAUUCUGGACUUUGGUCAGUCGGAGAUAGGGCAUGUUUGCCCUGGCGCAGACCUUUGCCCAGAGUUGAUUGAGGGUGCCGCCGCUUUGGGAAUAGAUCCCACAGAUGUCAUCUAA